AUGAUGGCCACUACUGCAGUAAUUGGACUUAGCACUGGUAAAAGGCUCCUCAGUUCUAACUUCUAUUACUCUGAUUUCGUUGAAAAGCUUGCCGGCACCAAUUAUCAGCAUCAGGUUGUUCCUUCAACAAAGAAUGUGAUUACUGCUAAGAAGUCAUCAAAUUAUGGCCCAACUUUUCUUUCGAAUCUACAUCCACAAUCUAUCAGGGCAGUUAAAGAGCAUGUAGACGCUGCCUCCAAUCCUUAUACUGUGGAGGAGCCACUGCCUCAGGGAGAAGAAACCUCUGACCCUGAUUACUUGGUGGAUGCUCUCCUUUUACUGCAGAAGUCUAUGCUUGAAAAGCAAUGGAAUCUUUCGCCUGAAAUAACUGACAUGCCGAGGGAGAAAGGCCGGAAGAAAGUGCAGGUUACUGGUUCCGGGACAUCUGCUAGACGGAGGAGAAUUGAUACUCGAAGAAAACUUAUCUUCAGGAAAAGUUCGACUGCUUCACAAAUUGGUAAAAGCAAGCAGUUAAGGUCGGUUAUCAACCCAGAGCUUCAUCAGAAUCGUACGAAAGGCUAUGUAAAGGGUGUUGUAAGUGAAGAAUUACUCACCCAUGUGGAAGUAGUUCAACUAUCCAAAAAAAUUAAAGCUGGUCUGUUAUUGGAAGAGCACAAAUCAAGACUGAAAGAGAGAUUGGGAUGUGAUCCCUCGGAUGAGCAACUAGCAACUUCCCUGAGGAUUAGUCGGGCUGAAUUACAGUCAGAAUUCUUAGAGUGCUCAUUGGCAAGAGAGAAGCUGACAAUGAGUAACAUUCGUCUUGUCAUGUCUAUUGCUCAAAGAUAUGAUAACAUGGGUGCUGAAAUGGCAGACCUUAUUCAGGGCGGUUUGAUUGGAUUACUCCGAGGUAUUGAGAAAUUUGAUUCUUCAAAGGGAUAUAAGAUCUCAACUUAUGUUUAUUGGUGGAUUCGACAGGGUGUUUCAAGAGCUUUAGUGAGGAACUCAAGAACCUUAAGAUUGCCUACCCAUCUACACGAAAGACUAGGUUUGAUUCGAAAUGCAAAGGCCAAACUGGAAGAGAAAGGAAUAACUCCAUCAGUUGAUAGAAUUGCUGAAUGUCUAAACAUGUCACGGAAAAAAGUCAGGAAUGCCACUGAGGCUAUCAGCAAGGUAUUCUCGCUCGACCGGGAAGCAUUCCCCUCGUUAAAUGGUCUUCCGGGAGAAACACUUCACAGUUACAUUGCUGAUACUCACACAGAGAAUCACCCAUGGCAUGGAGUUGAUGAGUGGGCUCUUAAGGAUGAAGUAGAUAAGCUCCUUAGUUCAACUCUAAGGGAGCGGGAGCAAGAGAUUAUCCGUCUUUACUAUGGUCUAGACAACGAAUGUCUCACAUGGGAAGAUAUCAGCAGAAGGAUAGGUUUGUCAAGGGAGAGAGUUCGGCAGGUGGGAUUGGUUGCUCUUGAGAAAUUAAAACACGCUGCAAGGAAGAGAAGAUUAGAUGCCAUGCUGCUUAAAUUUUGA